AGCAUGACGUACGAUGAAUUGAUUGCACCAUAUACGCAAGAUGGAUUGAUUGCAGCAUAUCUCAAGCUCGACUAUUUAAUAGGGUGAGAGGCCAGUGGAGUUUUCAUGUGCAAUAGAGGCAAUACAGAAGAAUCAAUUUUCAUCUACCACCAGAUCGUUGGGUUUCCAUGGCUACUAAGAUUAUCAGCGGCACCCAAUUCUCGAGCCUGCCGGCGAGCUAUAUCCGCGGCGAGUCAGAAAGGCCGAAGCUCGCCGAAGUCGAUGUGCUCGAUAACAUUCCUCUCGUCGACCUCACUUGCCCAGAUAAAACUCUACUCAUCCAACAGAUCGGCCAAGCCUGCCGCGAUUAUGGCUUCUUUCAGGUGAUUAAUCACGGAGUGUCGAAGGAGGCAGUGAGUAGGAUUGUGGCAACGGGGCACGAGUUGUUCGGAUUGAGCGUGGAGGAGAAAAUGAAGCUAUAUUCCGACGAUACGAGUCGAACGACGCGCCUCUCCUCGAGCUUCAACGUGUCCAAGGAGACUGUCCAUAACUGGCGUGAUUAUCUCCGCCUCCAUUGCUACCCCUUGGACAAAUACACCCCAGAGUGGCCCACCGCGCCCUCCUCUUUCAACUUUUGCAGGGAGGUUGUUAGCCAUUACUGCAAGGAAAUCAGGGAACUGGGGCUGAAACUGGAGGAGGCGAUUUCGGUGAGUCUAGGACUGGAGAAAGAUUGUAUAAAAAGGAUAUUAGGAGGGGAGGAGCAAGAGCAGCACAUGGCCUUGAACUACUACCCGGCUUGUCCGGAGCCGGAGCUGACCUUGGGAUUGCCGGCGCAUACGGAUCCCAACGCGCUGACCAUCCUGCUGCAGGAUAUGGAGGUGGAGGGGCUCAACAUCCGGCACAAGGGCAGGUGGUUGGCGGUGAGGCCGCAGCCGGAGGCCUUGGUGAUCAACAUCGGGGAUCAGAUACAGGCGGUGAGCAACGGAAGGUACAAGAGCGUGUGGCAUCGGGCGGUGGUGAAUGCGCAUAAGCCCAGGCUGUCGGUGGCUUCGUUCCUCGCGCCGUCGGAGGCGGCCAGGAUCACAGCUCCGGCGGCGCUGGCGGAGGAGGGGAGAGGGAAUGAGUAUAGGGAGUUCAGCUACGGUGAGUAUUAUAAGACGUUUUGGAGUGGGGAUUUGGAUGAGAAGAAGCACCGCCUCGAGUUAUUCAAGAACUAGCUUCCUGCGCCUGCUUCGCUAUUAAUAAUACUUUUACUUUUACUUCAUGCCAUAAUUUCAAAUUUGCCACCACAAAUUCUAUGUUAUCGUAAUACCAUUGGAAAAACAAAAUACAGGAUCUUCAACUUUUUGUCAUCA